GGUCCUAGACACGACAAACAUGGCGCUCCUGCUGAGGCGAAACCUGCUGCCCCGGCUGGCGAACUUUUACAAAGUGACGCGUUCAGCGGGCGCUUCUAUAUCGACUACACCGAAGAAUAAGGAAGUACCGACGACUACGGCUACGGUGCCGGACACGGUCGGCAGACCGCCCGUAACCGCGGCCGAUUUUGCGGACACCAAACCACGGUACUGGAUCAGCUUUGGCUACAGUGACGAAGACUACCAUGAGGACUCUGAUGCCCAUCACACGCUCAUGUUCACGGGCAUCACGGUGGUCUCGUGUCUCGCCAUAGUUCUCUUCAUGUACACACCCGACUUCAAGGACGUAGACUGGGUCGCGAGAGAAGCCCUCCUGGAGUUGGAGAGACGCGAGAAGCUGGGGCUACCACUCGUGGACCCGAACCUGAUUGACCCCAGCCGAAUCAUCCUGCCACCCGAGGAGGAGCUCGAAGACUUUGAGAUCAUACUCUAAGGCAUCGACCAUUCUGCAUAGAGACUGUGGAAUUUGCUUGUGAAUAAAAGUAGCCUCUUUGUUUUUCUCUUUA